AACGAGUUAUGCCAUGCAACUGCCGGAGCAUUUACCCAGGGAUAAGCGUACGCGAAGGAUGUAUACCGCAGUAGAUAAUCGAAAAUAAAAAGAGAACAAGAAACAAACAAACAGAAAAAAGGAUAAUGCGUUACCGACUACAAAAGUGAAGUGAAGAAUUGCAAAACAAAAAGAGAAAAGAAAUUCCAAAAAUUAAAACAAGUUUUUCGUUUGCGCUAAAAAUUCUGAUUACCUACCGAAAAUGGGAAUUGGAAAAGUGAAUGCUUUCAAGUGACUAAAAAUUAAAAAAAAAAUAUUAAAGAAAUACCACCAAAAAUAUACUUGCUCGUGGAUUUCUUCCAAAUUUUGUGUAUUUGUGAAGUUAUUUUUAAAUACAUAUUGAAAUUGUGAAAUUAUUCGAGAAACAAAAACAACCCCUAUUUGAAUUAUUAUUCAAGUCCAUGUGUGUGUUUAUUUAGUAGAAGAUCCCCUCAAACAGACGGCCAAACAUAUGCCACAAAUUCUUUGGGUAGGGGAAAGAGAGAAAGGCCGAACGCAACGAAAACAAAAGGUGUGCGCAGGCGCAAUUGUUUGAUCGGUUCGAAAUAAAACAAAAAACAACUGCCGUUUGCCUGGUAUCGCGGUUGUGCCACCAACAACAUCAAGAGUGCCUGCCACUGACAACGAACGACACAAGGCUGUCUUCGGAAGUUAUAAAAACGACAGCUGCGUCUCUGAUCAACGGUAAAGAGAGAUAACAAAAACAACAACAAGAACCCUACACAUACUCACACACCAACACAAGACCCGGGGAUUGUUAAAAAGGACAGGCAUAUUUUACGAUACGGGAUUACGCGUGCUAUUAAUGUUCGUAUAAGCCGAGUGUCAAGACACGAGCAAUUUACGAUAUUGCCUUUAUCGGAGCGAAGAAUAGCUACCCCAGCAAAAAGAGUGCGAGUGUUAAUAACAUAACAGCCACUGUUAGCUGUGCAACCCGAGGAUUAACAGCAACACAGUGUGCCGUUAACAAGAAAAAGUGAUUAAGUCAAAAAGUGAAAUUAAUGAUCUCACACAUUAGUUUGUAGUUUAAUAACGACAAAAAAUAAAAACCACCAAUCCAGUGAAAUAUUUAUGAAAUAUUCUAAAGUUUAACUUAACAGCAAAAAAAUAAAAAUGAAAUUCCUAUUAACUUGCCGCUGCCACUUGUUUCUAAUGGCCUAUCUUCUAAUAGCCAUUCGACCACCCAAAGCAUUAAUUGCUUGGCCGCACGAUGGUGCCACCAGCAGUCACCAAUUACAUCAUAGUAGCCACCAUAAUCUCUCGGAUGCCGCUGCGGUAGCUACCUCGCCAGAAUCUGGCGGCGCCACAGAUACAUCAGCAAAGUCAGCAGGUGUCCACCACAGCAAUUGGCAUCGCAUGGAAAUGAUGGAUGCCAACGGUCUUUACUGGCUCGAAUGGUGGACAAAAGCUAGGGAUAUUUAUUUUCGUGUCACCGUCAAUACCCAAGGAUUCAUUGGCCUGGGUUUCUCGAGGAAAUCUGGUCGCAUGUCGGGUGCGGAUAUGGUGUUGCUGUGGGUCGAUGAUCGCACAGGGAAACCCAAUGCAUUGGAUUGCCAUGGAUCGUUCACGGAACGUAACGCAGCUCCCAUACAGGAUGACACCCAGAACUACAUCGUUUUGGAUGGCUUUCAAAACGGCACUCAUACUCAGGUGGAAUUUUAUAGACAAAUCGAAACAUGUGAUCCUUACGACAUUCCAUUGGGGUCCGACACAAUAAAAGUUCUCUGGGCUUUCGGUGACACCGAUCCCAUACAUGGCAACUUAAAGGGACAUGGAAAAAAUCGCGGCUUUAAACCUCUACAUUUGCUUGGCCCAAUGUUUCGUAAGACUCACGGCAGCCCUUCAUCCUCAAGUGCCACAAGACAUCAGCAAGAUACUCAGAAAUGGGAUGUUACUGUGCAGAAUGUCACCAUUGACUCGUCCAUGGACACAUUGUACUGGUGUAAAAUCAUUAAAGCACCCAGUCUCAAUGAAAAACAUCACAUUAUUGGUUACGAAGCGCUGUUGACACGAGCAAGCGUAUCCUCACAACCGUUGGUACACCACAUGACAUUGUUUGAAUGUUCUACUAAAUCAUAUCCUGGCUCUGAUCCGGCUUCGUGGGAUGUGUGGGUAAAGAGCAGCGGUGCCGUUUGCAAUAGCAAUUUAUUGACGCCACGCGAUUGGGAUGCCUGUAUUACACCGGUUGCCGUUUGGUCAAUUGGCUCCACAGGUCAAUUUCUACCACCCCAUGUUGGAAUACCAGUUGGCGGCAAGAGCGGAGCAAAAUACUAUAUGCUGGAAAUACACUACGAUAAUCCGUUAGCUUUGCAAGCCACCGACCAUUCCGGAUUUCGUAUUCACUACAGCAAACAUUUGCGAAAACAUGAUGGUGGCGUCAUGAUUUCAGGCGUUUCCAUUUCCGACACCCAAUUAAUACCGCCCGGCCAAAAGUUAUAUCGCAAUGUUGGUAUAUGUGGUCCCUCCUGCUCGAACGUGAUGUUUCCCGAAGAUGGUAUUAAAAUAAUUUCCGGAACUUUGCAUUCACAUCGUGCUGGGCGUAAAAUGACUUUACGACACGUACGAAACGGCAAGGAAUUGCCACGGAUCAUUGAGGAUGAUAAUUAUGAUUACAAUUAUCAGCAGGUCAGACAGCUGGAAAAUGAAACUGUUGUCCUGCCAGGCGAUUACAUAAUAACGGACUGUGCAUAUGAGACCUCAUCAAGAAAACGACCAACCUUUGGUGGCUAUUCAACGAAACAAGAAAUGUGUCUGUCCUUCAUCACCUACUAUCCUCGCAUAGAUCUGGCUGGUUGUUACAGUAUGACCCCAGUGCGGGAAUUCUUCGAAACAUUUGGUGUUUAUCAAUUCUAUUCACUUAAUAUGACAGACGUGGAGAAUUUAUUCCUUUACAAUGGCAAUAUUUUGGACUACAUACCAGACACUAUUUAUGCCAAAACGAAACCCAACCGAGCAAAUAUGACUGAGGAAGACAUCCUCUAUGAAGAGUCCUUGUUAAAUAAAUUAAUCAUAUCCGAUCCAGUGGAAUUCCAUGAUCGCACUUUCCUAUCACAUCUCAAUCAGUUGCCUUGGUCGGAGCCAUUGUUUACCAAACGUGUGGAGCAGAGCCUGAUAAAUGGCAAACACAUGACAUUCUGUCGUGUUUCCAAUGAUGCUGUAUCUAUUCCCUCUGAAAUCAUACGUUAUCCCAAUUUCACCACAUUUGUUAAACCACCCAGUCUGUGUCCCUAUCAAAUGUUAAUGGACAGUGCACCCUUGAGCUCCAAGUCAAUAGCUAUAACAAGCACAUCAUUAAAAUGUUACAUCUUUAGCUGUAUCGUUAUCUUAAACUAUUCGAUAUUUAUGUACUUUAUAUAAGUUAUAAGCAUACACAGGCAAAAUAUCCACCCUCUCUUGUAAAUAAUAGUAUUACUAUAUAUUUAGUGUUAUAUUAAAUUUAAAAAAGGAUGGAUGCUUGCUGGAAUGGUCCGUUGAUAAAAAACUCUCUAAUUUGUACACAAUACAUCACGUAUGUUUGAGUAAGAUUUAAAUUUCGAUUUAUUGGAAAUUUCCUUUAUUCAAUCAUUCUCAAAUUAUACCAACGGGCCAUAGUACUCUCAGUGUCCAUCUUAAGGCUGAAUUCCAUUUUGAUUACAGCAACUGUUCAAUAUAUAAAUUGUUCAAUUUUUUUAGAAGUAUUAAAAUGUGGCUGUUCUAGAUUUCGCUUCAUUGCAAAAGUCAGCAAAAAUAUUGAAACAAACACACAUCCGGAGAAUACAAUGAGUCAUAAAAUUUAAGAUUUUGAAAAGUCAUUUAGAAUCUCCCUCAAUUCUGCUAAUGUAUAUUUUUAAGUAAUUUUAUUUUUAGCUUUUAUUUUCUAAGCCAUUUGUACUUAUUACAAGUUUAACAUGUUAAAUCAUAAUAUUUUUGAAUCCAAAGAUUUAAAUCUAAGUUUAGUUUUUAGAUGUUUUUGGAACAACAAAAAACAAUAAAUGCAUCUCAAAUAUUUUAAAAA